AUGCAACCUACACCUGACGAUAUGCAGGGCAUACAGGAAGGAAAAAAUGCCACAGAUCCGGAAAAGGCGGAGGGACAAAAUGCCAUAGAUUUGUGCACGGACGUCACACUUGACGCUGACACAACAGAUGCACAGAAACCCACACAUACGGAUACGAGACCUAUGCAAAGUACUAAGGAUACAAGCAUGACAAAGAAUCAAAUCGCUACACAAAAUGCCACAGAUACCACACAAAAUGCCACAAAUAUGAAGGAAAAGACUCAAAAUGCCAUAGAUUUGGGAACGGGAGUCUCCCAAGCGGCCGCAGAUAUCAAUACGGACCAAUCGAGUGCCGCCACCACUCAGCAAGAAGAGCACAAGCACCCUGCCGACCAACAGAUCACAGACCACGCACAAAAUGCCACAAAUACGAAGGAAAAGUCUCAAAAUGCCAUAGAUUUCGGAACGGGAGUCUCCCAAGCGGCCGUAGAUUUAAAUACGGACCAAUCGAGUGCCGCCGCAAUUAGGCAAGAAGGGCACAAACAAUCUGCCGACCAACAGAUCACUGACCACACACAAAACGCCACAGAUUUGGAGAGCAACGAACCACCAACUCAAGCCCUAGAUACUGAACAUUCGCAAAAUGGCUCAGUGCAUGAUCCAGAGCACGCACAAAAUGCCACAGAUAUGGAACUGGCACAGAUCUUAGCGGCCGCAGAGACUGCCGAAGAUACACUGAAGGAAGGGACUGACUCUAUGGUGGACGCAUCUGGGAGUAACGGAAUGGGCACUCGAGACAACACCCCUAACAUUAUACCAAGCAACACACCAGAUAUCUCUAUCACGGAUGGUGAACCGGAUGUAGGUAUUGGCAGGAAGAGGAGCAGGACUGCUGAAGGUGACCUACAGGGGUCGGAUAUUGACGACGACCGUACGGAAACAGACCGACACAUGCACACGGUAAGUGGUGCCAUAAACUUAGUUGGCUGGUGCUGCUAG